AAACAUGCAGAGCCUCUGUUCCCCCUCCCAAAGGUAGCAUGCUAAGACAAAUUCGAAAAGAAGACAGAAGCAAAUCGGCAAGCAUAGAGAGACAAGUGAAGACCAAACUGAAAACACCAUGUUGCGUUCACCGUCGGAAUAUUACAACAUGCUUUACAUUUACGGACAGUGCAACGGUAACGCGGAACUCGCUGCCGAGCGGUACCGCGAGACCUGCGGUGUCACCGCGAAUGCACCGAGUGCUCACUGCUUCCGAAGCCUGGCUGCACGGGCCUACACCACCGGCUCGCUGAUGCCAGAGAGAAGAAAUACCGGCUACUCCACCCGUUCUUCUGCGUUACAGGAAGAGCGAGUUCUUGCAGAAUUUGAACGAGACAACACCGCCAGCAUACGCGAGAUCAGCCGACGCACCAAUGUUAACCGAUCAACCGUACAUCGGAUCCUAAAGGAUCAGGAUUAGGAUAAACUACUCUAAGUCCUAAACUACAACAGUACACCAUUAUUUUUUGGAAAAUGAUAAAAAUUGCGAGGAUGAAAAUUACCAGAAGCCGAAUAUUAUAAAAUGAUUAUGAAAUUCGGGCCGUGCUUGCGACUCUGAUUUAAUUUUGCGAAACUAUUCGGUGGUGCACCGAUGCGGAUGCGAACUGUAUACAGCUGCUACAAGAGGUAGUGUACAUACACGUUGCACUGUUUAGUACAGAGACUGACGUAUUCGCUCUGUGUAACGUUACAAAUGAAAUUCCAUAAGGUGAUAUGGCGAGAAACGUUAUAAAUCAAAGGUGCACCUGUACGUACUGCUGCAGGGUUUGUUUCAUUUUAUUUUUUUCUCUUGAUUGUUCGAUAUCAGAUACGAUGGUCAGUGUAUAAUUUCAAUAGAUCACUAAAAUAGUUACCUCAGAAUGUGGCAAAUAAAUACAAUAAGAUGUAA